CCCACAGCCCGCUCGCCGGGCUAUAAAAGCCGUGGGCGUGGGACACGCCAGCUCACUGUCACCUGCUGUCACCCCCCGGCACUGGCUGGCACCCUCCAUCACCCUCUUGAGUGGGCUCGCCAUGGCUGCCGCCUUGCUCUUGGUGCUGGUGGCAGUGGGAGUGGUGCAGGCUGCGGCCCCUGAGCCCUGCCAGGGUGGUCCCGCGUCCUGGUGCCAGGACAUGGCCACUGCCAUCCAGUGCCGCAAGGAGCAGUACUGCCGCGACCACUGGGACAGCCGGGCCCUGUGGGACAUGGCUGAAGGGGAUGCAGCUGAAGGGGAUGCGGUGGCACCAGGCAGGGGGAAGAAGUGCAGCCUGUGCACCAAAAUCAUGGAGAAGUUCAAGUCGAUAGCGGGUGAAGACCCUGAUGAGGCAGCGGUGCAGGCAGCACUGAACAAGGGCUGCCGGGCCCUGGGGAAGCGCCUGGGACGCGUCUGCAAGCAGCUGGUGAAGAAGUACAGGGAGCAGAUCAGCGAGGCUCUGCAGAGCGAGGAACAGCCCCAGGACACCUGCACCGCCAUCAACUUCUGCAAGGCCUGAGCGGCCAGCACCCACCCCGUGUACUGCGCCCCACGUCCUGCACCCUGCGUCCCGCACCGCGAUCCCAUGUCCUGCAUCCUGCACCCUGGCAUCAGGCACCCUGCAUCCCACACCUCACCUCCUGCAUCCUGCACCCCACAUUCCUGCGUCCCGCCUGCACACACACCCCACGUCCUGCAGCCCACACCCCACGCCAGCCUUGGUGCUGGAAGGGCACUGGGGGUCCUGCGGCUCCAGGAGGGACCCUGCCUGCACAGCUGUAGGGUGGGGGGGAGACAGGGGAGCCCAAAAUGCACCCUGGAGCGGGGGGAAGGUUGGAGGAGCAGCUUUGGUUGUCACUGGAUGUGGGGUGACGGGGCGAUGGUGGCCCCCGACUCACCCCUAUCUCCUUGUCUCCACAGGGCUCAGCCCCACAGCUGGCCCCGAGUGCCACCCCCUGGACCCUGACCCCUCUCUGAGCCUUGCCUGUCACCCCAGCCCCCCAGCCCCCUCCCCAGGCAAUAAAGCCUCUCACCCCAGGCCA